CAGGAUGUGAAAAGUGGUGGAUCAAGACCACAAGCACCCACCUCAGAGGACUGAGCUGUGUGAACCAAGGUCUGAAGGUUGGAAGCUGCAUGGACAGUGUCCAAGUUUGCAAUUGGAGGGGUGGGCUGGGCCCAGACCCCAUCAUAGAAGGCCUUAGCAUCAUGCUAAGGAGAUUUAAGUGUGGUGAUGAACUAUUGAAGGGGCUUAAGAGUGACAUGGUCAAAUUUUUGUCUUACAUAGAUCACCUUGCCAGCUGUGUGGAGGAUGGAUUUGAGGGAGACAAGACUGGAGGCAGUAGUCCAGAAGCUUUGCAUCGCCCCUAUGGUUGUGAUGUUGACCCCCAGGCACUGAACGAAGCCAUCAGGUGGAGCUCGAAGGAGAGCUUGCUCGGAGCCACUGAGAGUGACCCUAAUCUCUUUGUUGCACUUUAUGAUUUUGUAGCAAGUGGUGAUAACACACUCAGCAUCACCAAAGGUGAAAAGUUACGAGUCCUCGGUUACAACCAGAAUGGCGAGUGGAGUGAAGUCCGUUCUAAGAAUGGACAGGGUUGGGUACCAAGCAACUACAUCACUCCUGUGAAUGGCUUGGAGAAACAUUCCCGGUACCAAGGCCCGGUGUCCCGCAGCGCGGCCGAGUACCUGCUCAGCAGUCUCAUCAACGGCAGCUUCCUGGUGCGAGAAAGCGAGAGCAGCCCUGGGCAGCUGUCCAUCUCGCUCAGGUACGAGGGCCGUGUGUAUCACUACAGGAUCAAUACCAGCACAGACGGCAAGGUGUACGUGACUGCCGAGAGUCGCUUUAGCACCCUGGCUGAGCUUGUUCACCAUCACUCCACAGUGGCUGACGGGCUCGUGACAACCCUGCACUACCCUGCACCCAAGUGUAAUAAGCCCACGGUCUAUGGCGUGUCCCCAAUCCACGACAAAUGGGAAAUGGAACGGACAGAUAUCACCAUGAAGCACAAACUCGGGGGCGGUCAGUAUGGAGAGGUUUACGUUGGUGUGUGGAAGAGAUACAGCCUAACAGUUGCCGUGAAAACACUGAAGGUGGGUUGCUCAGAAUUCCAGUUUCCAGGUAGCCUGCUCUUCUGGGCCAAAUCCCUUGGAAAUGCUGAAGAUACCAUGGGAGUGGAGGAGUUCCUAAAAGAAGCUGCAGUUAUGAAGGAAAUCAAGCAUCCGAACCUGGGGCUCUUCAUGUUCCUUUUCUCUUCCGUAGGCUGGAAAUGGAGCCCUGCUGACAGGCCUUCUUUUGCCGAAACACAUCAAGCUUUUGAAACCAUGUUCCAUGACUCGAGCAUUUCCGAAGAGGUAGCUGAGGAGCUUGGGAGAGCUGCCUCCUCGUCAUCUGUUGUUCCUUACCUACCCCGAUUGCCCAUCCUUCCUUCCAAGACGCGGACGCUGAAGAAACAGUUGGAGAACAAGGAGAAUAUCGAAGGGCCACCAGAUGCCACCGAGAAUCCUGCUUGCAGCUCGGCGCCAGGGUUCAUUCGAAGUGCACAGGCAUCCAGUGGGUCCCCAGCACUGCCUUGAAAGCACAGGGACAAAUCACCCAGCAGCCUCUUGGAAGAUGCCAAAGAGACAUGUUUCACCCGGGACAGGAAGGGGGGUUUCUUCAGCUCCUUCAUGAGGAAGAGAAGUGCCCCGACACCCCCAAAACGCAGCAGCUCCUUCAGAGAAAUGGAGAAUCAGCCCCAAAAGAAAUAUGAACUCGCAGGGCUUCCAGAGCAGGAUAGGAUGGCAACGACCCUUCCCAGGAACUGCCAGAGGACCAGACUCCAGCUGGAAAGGACAGUGUCUACCUCUUCCCAGCCAGAACAGAAUGUGGACAGGGCCAGUGACAUGCUUCCCAAAAAGUCAGAGGAAGGGGCUGCGCCGCCCAGGGAGAGACCAAAAGCCAAGCUCCUGCCCAGAGGAGCCACAGUGCUUCCUCUCUGAGCCCCCUCUGGCGAUCCAGCCAUUGCUGAGAAGGACUCUGCGGGGCUGGGGGCAGCUGGAGUGGCAGCUACUCCCAAGGGCAAGGAGAGGAAUGGUGGGGCCCGCCUUGGGAUGACUGGAGUCCCAGAUGACGGAGAGCAGCCAGGCUGGUCUUCCCCAGCCAAGGUGGCAUCAGUCUUCCUGACCACUCACAACCACAAAGUGCCAGUCCUUAUCUUGCCCACUCUGAAACACACUCCGGCUGACGUGCAGCUCAUCAGCACGGACUCUCAGGGGAACAAGUUCAAGCUCUUAUCUGAGCAUCAGGUCACGUCCUCUGGGGACAAGGACCGGCCCCGACAGGUAAAACCAAAGUGUGCCCCGCCCCCUCCACCGGUGAUGAGACUGCUGCAGCAUCCAUCCCCAGGAUGCUCAGAUCCUGCGGAAGAGCCGUCCACCCCGAGCGCAGGUCAGCCCACACCAGAAACCCAGGAAGGAGGAAAAAAGGCAGCUCCAGGGCCGGUGCCCGUCAGUGGGAAAGCUGGGAGGCCUGCUGUGCCUCCACCUCAAGUGCCUCCACCCACAUCUUCCGUCUCACCAGCCUCAUUGGCUAAUGGCACAGCAGGUACGAAAGUGGCUCUGAGGAAAACCAAGCAGGCGACUGAGAAGAUCUCAGCAGACAAGAUCAGCAAAGAGGCCCUGCUGGAGUGUGCUGACCUGCUGGCCAGUGCGAUCACAGAGCCUGUGCCCAACAGCCAGCUGGUGGACACUGGGCACCAGCUGCUCGACUACUGCUCAGGCUACGUGGACUGCAUCCCUCAAACCCGCAACAAGUUUGCCUUCCGAGAGGCCGUGAGCAAACUGGAACUGAGCCUGCAGGAGCUGCAGGUAAAUUCAGCAGCUGCUGGCGUGGCUGGGGCAAACCCCGUCCGUACUAACUUAUUGUCAUGUGUACAGGAGAUCAGUGAUGUGGUGCAGAGGUAGCCACUGUCAGCCUGCUGGGAGAGUGCACACAUUUCUGCGGGGAGAGGGAAAGGGACUU